AUGGACGAAGAACACGGCAAACCAGCAGACUUUGUGCAGCCUUCUUCCGAUAAGAACAACUACUCCUGGGGCCGUAUCGGUGAUCACAAUAUUGUUGUAGCUUCGCUACCAGAUGGCAUGUAUGGCACGACCAAUGCUGCAGUGACAGCAAGCCAGAUGCUGUCCUCAUUCCGCAACAUCAGGGUUGGCUUGAUGGUUGGAAUUGGAGCAGCGAUCGCCAGACCAAGCCAAGCGCGCGACAUUCGACUGGGUGAUGUUGUAGUCAGCUUACCGCAAGGGCCGACAGGUGGUGUAGUUCAAUACGACCUGGUGAAGAGCCGAGUAAGCGUUGAAAAGGGACAUCCUACACACACAUUGCAGCGCGUCGGCUUUCUCAACUCACCGCCUGAAGCUCUUCUCAAAGCUUUGACUUCUUUGCGGGCGCAAGUCGAGAGAAAAGGCUCCAAGAUACCUCGCUUCGUCAAGGACAUGCAAGCAAGGAACCCUGCAAUGGCGAAGACCAAGCCCGGUCAACCAGGGUAUGUCUACCAAGGACAAGAGAACGAUAGACUCUUCGAGGCAUCUUACAUACACACACACAAGACAGGCUGCAACGACUGCGAUCCUGCCAAGGUGAUACUUCGUGAGAAACGCGAUGAUCCCGAAGAGCCGGAAGUGCAUUACGGGGUGAUUGCAUCAGGAAACGAGCUUGUCAAAGAUGCUGCCCAAAGAGAUAGGAUAUUGGAAAUGGUUGGCGAAGAGUGCAUUUGCCUGGAAAUGGAAGCGGCUGGCCUCAUGAACUCGUUCCCGUGUCUGGUCAUAAGAGGUAUCUGUGACUAUGCCGAUUCUCACAAGAAUGAUGCGUGGCAGAAGUACGCUGCUGCUACCGCCGCCGCCUAUGCUAAAGAGUUUCUGGCAUGUGUGAACAGUGAGAGUUUAGCCAGGACUCCGAAAGCCUCGGAGGUCUUGAGACAAAUUUCCAAGGAUACCGAUGAGAUAAGAACAAACCUCAAACUCGUCGGAGAAAAGAUUGAAGAGAUGAAGCUUGACGAACACCAAAAGAAAAUUAGGGACUGGUUGUCAGCCCCGGACCAUUCGACAAAUUACACAAAUGCACUGGAAAAGCGACACGAAGGGACUGGACUAUGGUUCAUUCGUAGCGAAGCUUUUAAGACAUGGAAAAAUCAACCCAACUCCUUCCUCUGGCUUCACGGCAUCGCCGGGUGUGGGAAGACUAUCCUCAGCUCCACCAUUAUAAAUCAUCUGCAAAGUGACGUCGAACCGGAUCGACCGCUGCUCUAUUUCUAUUUUGACUUCAACGAGUCGAACAAGCAAAAUCUCGAGAACAUGCUACGCUCUCUGACGAGUCAAUUGUACCAAGCACAGCCAGAAGCUCGAAGUCUUCUUGAUGAACUCUGGCGGUCUCACGGAAAUGGUAAUCAACGACUGUCGAAACAAUCACUGAGCUCAACCCUGCAAGAAAUUCUAAGAAAAGUCACCAAUACUAGCAUCUUACUCGAUGCUCUCGAUGAGUCAACCACGAGGGGUGAGGUAAUCACUUGGCUAAAAAGCGUUCUUGGACUCGGAUCGGUUUGUCGAGUUCUUGUUACUGCCAGAAGGGAAGAAGACAUCGAGGCAGGUUUUCGACAUUGGAUGCAACACGAAGAUUGGAUCGACAUUCGGAAAGGUGAUAUUGAUAGAGACAUCAGAACAUAUGUUCAUGAUACAGUACGUUAUAGCAGUGAGCUAGACAGAUGGCAAAAUAGACCAGAUGUGCAAAAUGAGAUAGAAUCCGAUCUGGUGGAGAAAGCUGACGGCAUGUAA